ACAAACAGAGGAUGAAGAAGAUCCAGAACCAAUUUCACCACAAUCAUUGCCAACAUUUAAUGAAGAAGAAUUAAAACAAUUUCUUGCUGAUGAUUUAGUGCUUCUAGACAUUCCUGUCAAAAGAAAUAA